CUCUACGGUGUCCGCCAUGGGACAUGUAAUGAUUCGCAAAAGGCAAAUAAUGAUUUUCUCGUAUUUUAAUGAUAUGAAUGUGUUGUGGGUGGUAAGCUGCCGUGUUUUCACACUACAAAUGGCUUGAGAAUUAAAAGCCAAGUAGUUUAAAGUAGCACAAAACAGCGAGUUAUUUCUGGACUGUAAUGAGAAGUAACGGUAGUUUGUGGCCGGAGGCAGCGACGCCACUUAGGACUUUUCUCUGGGAACGAUAAGGUCCAUCCGGUGAAUGACUCUCUACCGGUCACUGGAUCAAUAAGUCAUUAAUGAAGCCGCUACUAACAGGAGAAUGAAUGUCCGGAGCAGAGCUUCACUGCAGGAUGUCACGGUGCUCAUUUCGGCUCAUUCAGCAACGUUAGUAGCCGCCUCUUAAACAUAGAAGCGGUUUGUAGACGGUCCAGGUAUCCUGCAGCUGUAUUUACAUAACGUGAGGGGAAAGGCCAGCGGAGACUCUGCUGUGUCCCCAAUCUGAGUCAUGCAGGUGAGCAUGGAGUAUCUGGUGGAGCAGGUGAUGCAGAAGGACCUGGGGAAGAGGCUCCAGGUGGGCCAGGACAUCAUGGAGCUCAUCCUGGACGAGGAGAAGAGCCCCGACAUGGAGCAGGACCAGAGCAUGCUGGACAGGAUGGUGGACUCAGUGGCCAGCUCCUGGGUCAACUCCAGCAACUUCAAGGUGGUUUUGCUGGGGAUGGACAUCCUCUCAGCGCUUGUUAGCCGGCUGCAGGAGAGGUUCAGAACCCAAGUUGGAACAGUCCUGCCGAGCCUCAUCGAUCGGUUAGGAGACGCCAAGGACCAAGUCCGGGACCAGGACCAGGCGCUGCUCCUGAAGAUCAUGGACCAGGCUGCCAACCCACAGUACGUGUGGGAGCGAAUGAUGGGAGGCUUCAAACACAAGAACAACAGGACCAGAGAAGGACUCUGUCUCUGUCUCAUUUCAACACUCAAUGUGUUUGGAUCUCAAAGUCUGACGCUCAGUAAGAUCGUUCCUCACAUCUGUAACCUGCUCGGAGAUCCAACAAGUCAGGUGCGUGACGGCGCCAUGAACUGCCUCAUCGAGAUCUACCGCCACGUCGGAGAACGAGUGAGGAUGGAUCUGGGAAAGAAGGGUCUGCCUCAGUCACGGCUCAACGUCAUCUUCAGUAAAUUUGAUGAAGUGCAGAGGUCGGGGAACAUGGUGCUGUCACCUGUGUCAGACAAAAACUUUGAGGACGAUGACUCAGGGGACGGCGGCCGCUCCUCAUCCUCGUCCAAAGGCGCCUCGCUGUCCGGGAAGAAGACGGUGAGCAUGGGUUCCUUCCGACGCCCCGCCUCCAGCACCAAGUCCUCAGGGAGGGAUGGUUCCAGUUCUGCUGCUGGAGCUGUGGACGUGGAGGACUUCAUCCAGGCCUUUGAGGAUGUUCCAACAGUGCAGAUCUACUCCAACAGGGAGGUGGAGGAGGCCAUGGCCAAGAUUCGAGAUGUGCUGUCGGACGAUAAGAGGGACUGGGAGCUCCGCGUGGCAGCUCUGAAGAAGGUGCGUUCGCUGCUGUUGGCCGGUGCAGCAGAGUUUGACGGCUUCCCUCAGCAGCUGCGUCUCAUGGAGGCGGCGUUCAAACUCUCCGCCAAGGACCUCCGCUCUCAGGUGGUGAGAGAGGCCUGCCUCACUCUGGGCCACCUGUCGUCGGUGCUCGGCAGUCGCUUCGACCACGCUGCAGAGGCCAUCAUGCCCAUCCUCCUCAACCUGGUCCCCAACAGUGCCAAAAUCAUGGCCACCUCCGGCAUCGCUGCCGUCCGCCUCAUUCUUAGACACACACACUACCCACGUCUCAUCCCCAUCAUCACCAGCAACUGUAUCUCCAAAUCUGUGGCUGUCAGAAGGCGCUGCUUCGAGUUCUUGGACCUGAUGCUGCAGGAGUGGCAGACAAGCUCUUUGGAGAGACAUGGAACAGUUUUAAUGGAGACGAUAAAGAAAGGAAUCCAUGACGCAGAUGCUGAGGCUCGCUCUGUGGCCAGAAAGUGCUACUGGAGCUUCCACAGUCACUUCCGGCGGGAGGCGGAGCUCCUGUUCCAGGGCCUGGAAUCGUCCUAUCAGAAGGCUCUGCAGGCUCACCUGAGGAGCGGAGACAGCCUGAUGUCGCUGCCCGCCUCCGACCGCUCCUCCUCGUCCUCCCAGGAGAGCCUCAAUCGACCCCUGUCUGUAAAAAGCACCUUUGGAAGCAGCUCAGCGAGAUCCAAAGCGUCCCACAGCAGGACUCCUGCUGCAGCCUCCUCUCCCGGCUCCCUGCAGCGAUCUCGCAGCGAUGUGGACGUCAACGCGGCGGCCACGGCCACAGCUCGCACCAGGAUGCCCGCCGUGUCCUCCGCCAUGUCGCCGGCAGCUUCACCCUUCAGCUCGGCCUCAGCGCUCCCUCCUGGAUCCUACGCCUCUCUGGGUCGAGUAAGAACCCGGAGGACGAGUUCAGGAAACGGUCCGUCAGUGACAGACAGCCGGGGGAGGAGUCGAGGGAAAGUCGUCUCACAGUCUCAACCCGGCAGCAGGUCAGGUUCUCCCGGCCGACUGCUGAGCUCCACCUACGGCAGGAUCCCGAGGACGAACAUGGGCACCGCCACCCCCGCUAGCAGCGCCUCCACGCCCCCGAUCGACAAGAGCCGACCCCGGGGUCACCGCAGCCAGGGCUGCAGCCGAGAGACCAGCCCCACCAGAUCAGGCUCAGCCCGGAGCCGGAUCCCCCGGCCGAGCAUGAGUCAGGGCUGCAGCCGCGAAACCAGUCGCGAGAGCAGCCGUGACACCAGCCCCGCCAGGGGUUUCUCCCCCCUGGACCGGCUGUCCCACCAGGCUCGGAUCUCGGCCUCCGUAAAUGCCAUGAGAAUCCUCAACACCGGCACCGACGUUGAGGCCGCUGUCGCUGACGCUCUGCUGUUAGGAGACUCGAGGAGUAAGCGGAGGCCAGUGAGGCGGCGCUUCGAGUCGCCGGGGAUGUACUCGGACGACGACGCCAACAGUGACGCCUCCAGCGCCUGCUCCGAGCGAUCGUACAGCUCAAGAAAUGGUGGCAUGCAGCCGCACUAUCUGCGCCAGACGGAGGACGUGGCCGAGGUGCUGAACCACUGCGCCAGCGCCAACUGGUCCGAGAGGAAGGAGGGGCUGCUGGGGCUGCAGAACCUGCUCAAGAGCCAGAGGAUGCUCAGCCGUGUGGAGCUGAAGAGGCUUUGUGAGAUCUUCACCAGAAUGUUUGCAGACCCUCACAGCAAGGUGUUCAGCAUGUUCCUGGAGACACUGGUGGACUUCAUCAUGCUGCACAGGGACGACUUGCAGGACUGGCUCUUCGUUCUGCUCACUCAGCUGCUGAAGAAGAUGGGUGCUGACCUGCUGGGCUCCGUCCAGGCCAAAGUCCAGAAGGCCCUGGACGUCACCAGAGAGUCGUUCCCGUACGAGCAGCAGUUCAACAUCCUGAUGCGUUUCAUCGUGGAUCAGACGCAGACGCCCAACCUGAAGGUGAAGGUGGCGAUCCUGCGCUACAUCGAGGCCCUCGCCCGCCAGAUGGACCCGGCCGACUUCGUCAACUCCAGCGAGACGCGCCUCGCUGUGUCGCGCAUCAUCACCUGGACCACCGAGCCCAAGAGCUCCGACGUUCGCAAGACCCUUCAUAACUGGGCAGGGGAGGAGUUCUCAGGCCGACCCAGCACCGUGGCCUCUCUGCCAGGAGAGGGCAACCUGGAGGAGAGGUGCAAGCAGGCGGCCCAGGUGGUGCUGAUCGCCCUGUUUGAGCUGAACACGCCUGAGUUCACCAUGCUGCUGGGUGCUCUGCCCAAAACCUUCCAGGACGGGACCACCAAGCUGCUGCACAACCACCUGAGGAACGCUAGCGCCAGCAGCGGCAUCAGCGUGGCGUCUCCCAGUAACUCGUCGGGUCGGACUCCUCCGCGGCAGCCGAGCAGCCGCAGCAGCCCGCUCACCUCCCCCACAAAUUGCUCCCACGGCGGCCUUUCUCCCAGUCGGCUGUGGGGUUGGAGUGCAGACGGGCUCUCCAAGUUACCCCCUCCACCCUUCCCCUCCCCUCUUCCUCCUCCCACUGCCCACUCCUCCGUCAAGGCAGUGCGGCGAGCUUUCUCACCCAGCAUGCUGGAGUACGACAGUGAAAACCUGAACUCGGAGGAGAUCUACAGCUCUCUCCGCGGCGUCACCGAGGCCAUCCAGAAUUUCAGCUUCCGCAGCCAGGAGGACCUGAUGGAGCCGCUGAGGCGGGACGGCAAGAGGGACGGCAUGUCCGGAGUAGCUGCGUCCUCAGACUCAGACCCCCGGCUUGCUGGUGACGUGGUUGGGGGAGGACGUACGGCGCUGGACAACAAGACGUCGCUGCUGAACACUCCCUCGCCACGCUCCUUCUCCGGCCCGCGCUUCAGAGACUACAACCCGUACAACUACACGGACAGCAUCAGCACGCUGGACAAGGCCGCCCUGAAGGAGGCGCUGUACGAGGACACAGUGGAGCAGCUGCGAGACGGCAGCAGACAAGAAUGUGGCGAAAACAAGAUCAUGAACCCAAAAAGCUUCCCAGCAAGCCCCGCCGAGCAGCUGCAGCUGGUCGGGGAGCUGCUGAAGGAGCUCUCCCAAAGCCAGGGAGGGGAGCGGGGCCCCGAGGAGCGCCGGGGGACUCUGCUGGAGCUGCUGAAGGUGGCCCGGGAGGACAGCCUGGUGGUGUGGGAGGAACACUUCAAGACCAUGCUGCUGCUGCUGCUGGAGACGCUGGGAGACAAAGACCACACGAUCCGAGCGCUGGCUCUGCGAGUCCUGAAGGAGAUCCUGAGGAACCAGCCGGCUCGCUUCAAGAACUACGCUGAGCUCACCAUCAUGAAGACGCUGGAGGCUCACAAAGACUCGCACAAGGAGGUAGUGCGUGCAGCCGAGGAGGCGGCCUCCACGCUGGCGGCCUCCAUCCACCCGGAGCAGUGCAUUAAGGUGCUGUGUCCCAUCGUGCAGACGGCAGACUACCCCAUCAACCUGGCCGCCAUUAAGAUGCAGACGAGGGCCAUCGAGCGCAUCACCAAGGAGCCGCUGCACCAGCUGCUGUCUGACAUCAUCCCUGGACUCCUGCAGGGCUACGACAACACAGAGAGCAGUGUGAGGAAGGCCAGCGUCUUCUGCCUGGUGGCCAUCUACUCUGUCAUUGGAGAGGAGCUGAAGCCAUACCUGGCUCAGCUGACCGGCAGCAAGAUGAAGCUGCUCAACCUGUACAUCAAGAGGGCCCAGACCUCCACCAGCAACAGCAGCAGUUCCUCCGACAUCUCCUCCUACUAACCAUUCGCCUCCGUCGCCUGCGUAACACCUUCCAUUCCAUCCGCCGACACAAACAGGAUCAUGAUUAUCUUCCCUUUUCAUUCCUUCAGCCACUGACGUGGUCUUUGGGACCAUCUUACUGUAAAGGUGGCAGCUCUGAUCCAGAACCAGGACCAUCUCCUUCCUCCCCCUCACACUAAAGCUUGUCAUGAGCCUUAAAACUUUCUGUCCCUGCGCUGCGCGGUGGAACCAUGGUGAUCUUAGAAGCGUUUGUCUCCUCCUGAAAUAUAUUUCAGACCGUCUCCUCACACUUAUAAGAGCUGAAACCUGUGGCUAUCAGUAUUUUUAUUCAUUUUAGUACCUUUAAUCCACUUCUCUAAACUCUUUCUUUUGCUUUGACACAUCAAACCUUAUUGUAUAUUGAAUGUAAAGAGCUUUGAAUGGAUCCUCCUUCCUGAACUACUGCCUCAUUGAAACCCGCUGGAUCAAUCUUAAAGACGUUUGGGAUGUUUUUUUAUUUAAUCUGAACGAAGAAAGUGUUCCAGAAAGUGGCACUGUGGUCUUUAAAAGGCUGAACUCCAGGGUCCAUGUGGAGAUUAAUACGUCAGAGAUAAUUAGCUUUCAUUCAGAAGAACAGAAGAAGUCUAAUUCCAAAAAACACUGAGUGUGAUCAUUCAUUAAUCCUUUUUCACAGAUAUUUAAAUCAAAAACAGACAUAUUUAAUGUUAAACUAAUAAGGUGUACUGUAAAUAUACACAAAUCCUGAAUAUUAUGCAGCAAAAUGUUUCAAAAAAGUUGUUACAGGUGAAUGUUUACCUCUGACACGGGCACUAACACACCCCUAUACGUCACAGGUGCCCCAUACAUCACAGGUGUGGCACUAACACACCCCCAUAUGCCACAGGUGUAGCACUAACACACCCCCAUACAUCAUAGGUGUGACAGUUACCCACAAUGCCACGGGCACUAACACACCCCCAUACAUUCACAGGCGAGCCGGGCCUCCCAGUACCUGACUUUGUCUCCUAGUCACUGACUUUGUCUCCUAGUCCCUAACUUUGUCUCCUUGUCCCUGACUUUGUCUCCUAGUCCCUUUUUUGUUUCUCCUAGUCCCUGAUUUAUCUCCUAGUCCCUUUUUGUUUCUCCUAGUCCCU